UAUCAGAAACUGAAAAUUUCCAAUUUGUAAAUCUGGGAGCUUACUGUCUCGUCGGAGAAGUUUAAUCCCGCCGGCGAUCCUCUGAUCAAAAUCUCCCAGCUUUGAGAAGCCUCCGCCGUCGUGUAUUCACAAUUCGCGCUGCCUCAUUGCUCUUCUCUGUAAUGAAACCGCGAUCCUUCUCAGAUCUAUAGCUUCCGAUCCAAGAAGGAGGCUCGAAAAAAUCCUAUCUAAGACGUCGAGAUCUUUGGCUACCGAGAUUCUUCAAGAGGUUUUUGAUUGAAAUCUGAGCUGAUAUGGCGACUCGGAACCGCACGCUCUUGUUCAGGAAAUACAGAAACUCUCUGAGGAGCGUCCGUGCUCCGAUGACGGAAUCGAAAUCCGGCGUAGGUCCGGUGAUCGAGAUGGCGAGCACGUCUCUAUUGCAUCCCAAACGCUCCUACACUCCAGUCAGUACCGAAGAUCCAGCGAACUCAAGUAAAGGAGCAGUGACGGUGGGGUUACCACCGGAUUGGGUUGAUGUCUCUGAGGAGAUUUCGGUGAACAUUCAGCGUGCGAGGACCAAAAUGGCUGAGCUUGGGAAGGCUCACGCGAAGGCCUUGAUGCCUUCGUUUGGGGAUGGUAAAGAGGAUCAGCAUCAGAUCGAGUCUUUGACGCAAGAGGUUACUUUGUUAUUGAGGAAAUCGGAGAAGCAGCUUCAGAGGCUUUCUAAAGGCGGACCUUCUGAGGAUUCAAGUGUUAGGAAGAACGUGCAGCGGUCUCUUGCUACUGAUCUCCAACAACUUUCGAUGGAGCUUCGCAAGAAACAGUCUACUUAUUUGAAACGCUUGAGGCUACAAAAAGAGGAUGGAGGGGAUUUAGAGAUGAAUCUAAACGGAAGCAGUUCUAGAGCAGAAGAUGAUGACUUCGAUGAUAUAUUAUUUAGUGAGCAUCAGAUGAGCAAGAUCAAGAAGAGCGAGGAGAUAUCUGUAGAGAGGGAGAAAGAGAUUCAGCAGGUUGUUGAAUCAGUAAAUGAGCUGGCUCAGAUAAUGAAGGAUCUCUCUGCGCUUGUGAUAGACCAGGGUACGAUAGUUGAUCGGAUUGACUAUAACAUCCAGAACGUUGCUAGUACAGUUGAAGAUGGUCUCAAACAGCUGCAAAAGGCAGAACGUACACAGAGAAGUGGAGGUAUGGUUAAGUGUGCGUCUGUUCUUGUCAUACUCUGUUUCAUCAUGUUAGUUCUCUUAAUCCUCAAGGAGAUUAUCUUCUGAACCAAGAAACAAGGUUGAACCCUCAUUUUUUCAUUCUUUUAUGAUGGGAACCCCACAUUUUUGCACCAAUUGGUCUGAAGAAAAAAUUCGAUUGUGUUGUCUUUCUUGUUCCAUUGCUUUGCUACAGAUUUUUCUGAUACUUUAGUUUCUUAUCGCACUGUUAUAUCAAA